AUGACCACGCUCCCAGACGAAACGUCCCCAUUGCUUCCUCUUUCUCAUGGGCCCCUUCCGUCCGGUAGAAAAUAUCAUUAUCGUCGUGAAUCGUUCGAGACGGGGUUCCCGCUUAUUGUUGCUGAAGAGAUUGAUGUCCAACAAAUUGUUCAAGAGCACAUAUCGUCGAAAAGGAAACCUGAGUGGACUACAGUCUCCCCGUCGCCUUGUCAAUGGUUGAAACGUAAUUGUGCCGUGUCAUUUACCCUGCUAAUGUCGGCAAUUGGUGCUGGUACAUUGGCGGUGCCCUAUACUUUUGUGCUGUUGUCACCUGUCCAGGCGAUACUGAUGUUGUGCUGUGUCGGACUUGCAAUGGGCUUUACAGCUGAUACACUUGUGGGCAUUCAUGUAUCGGUAGCAGUGGAGAGCACGAGUGGACCGCAAGGGAAUCGAGAGACGUACCAAAAUCUUGCCUAUAGAGCUGGUGGUAAAGCAUUGGCUCGAUUCACUGGAGCAUUGACGGCUUUUGCAGUCUUUGGGGCGUGUGUGGGCUGUGUGCGUGUGGUGAAGGACAUGGUGCCGAUGAUGCUACCGGCUGUUAUUGCUGGGUUUAAACAACAACCAUUGGAAAUGCAGGAACAUGAUGCAGUUAUCGCAGUUUGGGUCGUGGGGCUGAUUGUGGUGGUGCCUUUGGGAUGUUUGACUAAAAUUUCGGCGCUGCGCUUUUCCUCAUACUUGGGCGUUGCAUUCUCGGUGUAUCUCGUAGGUGCUGUAGCAUACCGUGCUAUUUUCACAGGCGGUAACGAUGACAGUAAUGCAUUGCCAGCGUCGGUCCAGAAUACUGAAGCACCGUUGUUCUGGCGCAUCGCUGAAGUCGUGGGAAUUUACAAUUUUGCGUUCAUGCUUCACCUCAAUGUGAUUCCGUUGUUCGCACAGCUUGUGGCUGCUGAAACGACAAGAAGCCAACGAGUACAUGACAAAGAUAUUGAGGAACUUGGCAGGGCGGAAGCCCCUGUGUCCAUCCACAUCCUGCAAAGUGCUAGACAGUCAUUGCGACGUCAUCUAAUUCUAGCUGUAGGCACGUGUGUGGUGCUUUAUGCAAUUUUUGGCGUUUGCGCCGCACAGAUCUAUGGAAGCAAAACGCAGGGCAACAUUUUGCUGAACCUCACGAAUGACCGAAUCAUGGCGGUACCUCGCGUGGCAGUGUUGUUGACGAUAUUGUUUUCGUUUCCACUCUUAUUCCACCCGCUUCGGUCGUUAGUGCUCGAGAUGAUUUUGGUUUGUACUUCUCACAGCGCUGUUAAAAAUGUGAGCGAGGGACACAAUCAAGAUAAUGAACUGUCACGAACUGUACGAGCUGCCGUGUCGGGGCUGCUGUUAUUUGCACAGAUCUUCUGCGCUUUACGUGUGCCAGGAAUUCAAGUGGUGUUCUCGCUUGUGGGAUCUAGCAUCUUGCUGAUGCUGUGCUAUCUGUUUCCACUGAUAUUUUACGUACAACUUGUACCGUGGCGCUCCAGUCGUAAGGGAAAGACACGCCUUUUUCUCCUGUCAGCACUGGCUGUGGUCGCAUUUGUAGUGUGUGUCGCUGCCACGCUGCAACUGGUUUUCCAGUAA